GUUAGGGUCUGCAUCUCCUGAGUCCUUUAGGAUAUUGCAGGUAGAAUGCUGUGUUUAGCUGCUGUUACCAUGGAUUUAUAUACUUUUGUAACCAGUACUCUGUGCACUCUGAUUUUACCAGUGCUCCUGGUGAUCAGUGCUGUCAAACUCUGGAACCUGUACUGUGUGAGCCUGAGGGAUUGGAGCUGUGAUGCCCCUUUACCGCCUGGUACUAUGGGGCUCCCCUUCUUUGGAGAAACGAUGCAAAUGUUACUUUAUGUGAGUAUCAUUAACUUCUAGUGUUUCCUUUCCACAGGGGGAUCAGGGAUCCUGCAGGGGACACUGUCCCACCUGCUCAGUCUUCUUGCUGCGUUUUUACGCACGAGUGUUGGGCUGGAUACUUUAUAACAAAAUAUAUUUCCACAAAAGACGAUGUUUAUAAUUUUUGUUUUUAAAUCAUGGUGUGUAAGAUACAUUGGAAACAUUUUGUUAGCGGUAACAUUAUGUAUAUAAUGUAACUGUUCAUAUGAGCUAUAUGUUCUCAUUCUUGUUAGGAGUUUUCGCGUUGGUUGUAAAACUUAAUAUAAUUUUUGUUCAUUAUUAAGUUUUUGUAUUUUUUUUGUUUACUUUAACAGAGAAAAAGGUUUCUUCAGGCAAAGAGGAGGCAGUAUGGCAGCAUUUACAAAACCCAUCUGUUUGGGAACCCCACGGUGCGAGUUAUGGGUGCGGAUAAUGUGCGUCAGAUUCUGCUGGGGGAGCACCGGCUGGUGUCUGUGCAGUGGCCGGCGUCAGUCCGCACCAUCCUGGGGUCCCAGUGCCUCUCCAACCUCCAUAACGCCGAGCACAAGGAAAUGAAAAGGGUAGGUAACAGCGCUAUCCGCUAUUCACUAAGAUGGCGCAAACCAUAUCUGUACCCUAAUAAAUGCACAUUGCCGCAUCGAGCACCUUCCUAUUUUAUAUUGGUUUAUUAGACAGCAAUAUUUCUACUUCUUCCAAGAGUCAGAAAAGGUGAAGUUUUAUAUAAAUCCAUUGCCAGUCCAUACUAGCGGUUUAUAGGUUAAUAGCGCCAUCAUUCGUUCGCUUUAAACUCGGUAUUGAUACUGAAAAAUAAACACUUGUUGCUUUUUAUACUGUGGGCAGACUGUCAUUUUAUCCACGCACACCUAGGUAGGAGGGCAUCACUGUCCUAGCACACCUGGGUAGAAGGGCAUCACUGUCCUAGCACACCUGAGGAGGGGGCAUCACUGUCCUAGCACACCUGAGGAGGGGGCAUCACUGUCCUAGCACACCUGGGUAGAAGGGCAUCACUGUCCUAGCACACCUGAAGAUGGGGUAUCACUGCCCCACUUUUACACAAAGGUAGGGGCAUCACUGUCCUAGCACACCUGAGGAGGGGGCAUCACUGUCCUAGCACACCUGAGGAGGGGGCAUCACUGUCCUAGCACACCUGAGUAGGAGGGCAUCACUUUUCCCUUCCACACAGGGGUAGCGAGGCAUCACUGUCCCCUAUGCACGCGGGAGUAGGGGUCAUCACUGUGAGGGGGUAAGGGUGCACGUCUAAUCGGCCUUGCACCAUGUCCUGUCUUUAUUCCUACUUUUUAGGUCUCCCACUUGGCCCAGCUGAAUGGGGGUAGUAGGUCACUUUAAUUUUAAUCCUGUAUUAUCAUUGAUGAUCCUUAAUCCCUUCCCAGCAGGAAAUCGCCAAGGGAGGGGAGGUGGUGAGGGGUGUGUGAGGGGGAUCCUGGCUAAUUAUGUGCUUAGAUAAACUAAUUAGUCCCGUUAACCCCUGAUGUGCCAGAGGGCCGCUCCAUGUACUCAGCUGGCCGUUUGUGCCAUGCAGACCGAACCCUGAGUGACACAUUGUAUCUCCCCAGGUUAUGAUGCAGGCUUUCUCCCGGGAGGCUCUGGACACCUAUGUGCCGGUUAUGGAGGAGGAGGUGAGGAGUGCCGUGAAGAGCUGGCUGGAGAACGGCUCCAACGUGUUGAUGUACCCGGCCAUCAAACGGCUCAUGUUCCGGAUUGCCAUGAGGGUCUUACUGGGCUUCGAGACCUGGGAGAUGGAGAACACCCUGGACCAGCCCAUGGUCGAUGCCUUCGAGGAAAUGAUCAAGAAUCUCUUCUCUCUACCCAUUGACAUUCCCUUUAGCGGCCUCUACAGGGUAAGUGUAUAACUGCACCUUCUCAGGCUUUCCCUUCUAAACUAGUGUAUUCUAUAAAUUAUUAUAAAUUAUACUAAAUUCUAUUAAUACACACUCAUACUAAAUUCUUUAAAUUCUAUUAAUAGACUCAUACUAAAUUCUAUAAAUUAUACUAAAAUCUAUAAAAUGUCGAAACUAGUCACACAAACACACUACACAGAAUAACAUGGUCUCCAACACAUCCACCUGUAAAAACAAGGCUAUCACUAUUAAAGUAAACUUUGCGCUGUUCUGCGGAAUGGUUGCUUUUGUUUAUUUAUAAUUUAUGAUUUAAAAAAAGUAAGUUGUGUCAAUAUUCCAUGCAAAUUAAAGAUAGUUUGUUUUUUUAAAAAUGGUUAAUUUGUAAAUUUUCUCUUCCCUUUCCAUAGGGUCUACGGGCUAGAAAUAGAAUUCAUGCCAUAAUUGAACAGAACAUCAAAGAAAAACUGGAAAAGGAGCCCGAACGCUCUUGGAAGGAUGCGCUACAGCUGCUGAUAGAUCAUAGCAAGAAGAAUGAUAAAACGGUGGACUUGCAGGUAAAUCUCGAGCCUUUUAUACACUCUGAAUGCCAGAUCAUUUGUGUAAUAAGAGACUUUGUGAUGUAGUAACAGGCACAUAUGUUCUAUAUCAAGUAUUGCGGAUGAUCUAGCACUCAUAGACUUCAAGGUCAACUUCCUUACCAAGAUCUAACAGUCCUGGCUUCACUCAAAGUGGGCUUUUCUAUUAGCGCACUAUAAAAUGAGAGGAUCACUUUAAAAUACAUCAAAUUCACAAUGCAGACUUAUUUAUAUUUGCAUGUUCUCUCUCUCUCCUCUAUCCUUCUAGGCAUUAAAAGAAUCUGCAACAGAACUCUUGUUUGGAGGGCAUGGGACAACUGCUAGCGCUGCCACUUCCAUAGUCACCUUCUUGGCUGCUCACAAUGAGGUUCUUCAAAAAGUCAGAAAGGAACUUGAAUUAAAUGUAAGUUUAUUUCUUUUUAAUUUUUUUCUCAUCUUUCUCUCUGACAGUCCAAUGAUCAUUCGGUGCAGUUUUGUCUGAAGAGGUGACUGGUUUUUAAACUUUUGUUUUCUUUUUUUGUUUUUCCUUUUCAUAGAAUCUUUUGUCCACCAAACCAGAAGAUCAGAAGGAUUUGACUAUCGAAAUAUUGCAAAAGCUCGAAUACGCUGGCUGUGUCCUGAAAGAGACCCUUCGACUCAAUCCACCAGUUCCAGGAGGCUUCAGAGUUGCUCUGAAGACCUUCACAUUGAAUGUAAGUAGAGGAAUCCUAUGACUUAAUCAUACAGUAGAACAGGGACUUACAUUACCCAAGAUUUGGAAAAUGUAGGCCAAAAACCAAAACAAAAUGAAUAAAAUGUCAAUUCAUGGCUUAAUUAAUAAACCUGUUUCUAAUGCUAAAAAUUGCUCUGAAAAAAAGUAACGUACCCCGAAGAACAGCUUAAAUCACACUUAAAUGACACUUCCUUUUUUUUUUUUUUACGUCUACAAUCAAUGAAUAGCAACUCCAAAAAGUAACAGGGAAACCAGUUCUGCUUUUCAAACUUAAUUGUUUUAUGAUAGCAGUUUGUCCUCCUGCUUUUCAUACUAUACAAGGCAGCUUGUAGUAGUGAGGGCUUGUGGCAGGGCAGUUUGUUUAGCCUUUAAUUUAUUGUAUUUUUAUUCUUUGGCAGGAGUGCCUCAGUGUUUGAUGUGACAGAGUAGGCAGUUCUUAAAGUCUCUUUACAGGAGCACAUCACAACAUCUGACAAUUUGCAGGCAAUUUCAUGCUUGUCAGUGGGAUCCUGGUGCCUGUAAUUAGGCUGUGUUUUACGGUUUUAUAGCACUGGGCAGAAUAAACCCUAGCACGCCCGCUGUUUUUAUUACAGAUCAGAUACUGGGUGCUAGAGAGGAGUAGCUGGCCUGGGAUGUAAGGGAAUUCAAAUAGUCUGAUGUUGAUGAACUUUUUCCCUUCUCUUUCAGGGCUUUCAGAUUCCCAAAGGCUGGAAUGUCCUCUACAGCAUAGCGGACACUCAUGAUGUAGCGGACAUCUUCCCGGAGAAAGAACAGUUCAAUCCAGAUCGGUUUUUAACACCUUUCCCACAAGAUGCCAGCAGAUUCAAUUAUAUCCCAUUUGGAGGGGGUGUGCGUACCUGUGUGGGCAAAGAGUUUGCCAAAAUCCUCCUGAAAAUCUUCAUUGUUGAACUGUGUCGAAAUUGUGACUGGGAGCUUAUUAAUGGGACACCUGACAUCAAAACUGCACCCAUUGUCAGCCCUGUGGACAAUCUGCCUACUCGAUUUAAGCCUUUUAACGGAGCAAUUUAAAUAUAGUUGGCUAUGUAAAAAUCAUAUAUAGAGUCUUUUUAUAUCAUCAUCAUUUUAUAUUUAACUUGUACAGUGCUGUAUUUUAAUUUGUAUUAUAUUGUAAAUUUUAUUUUUCCCUUUUAAUGUAAAGUGACUUUGAGCAUGAAGCCUGGACCAAACCAUUAUUAAUGUAGAAAUAUUGUAUUUAAUGCUCUUUUGGACUGGUGUCAUGGUGCCUGGAAAGUCGUUGUAUAUACAGUAUACAUGUACAUAUUUUACUUGUGUCAUAAUAAAGAUUUAAACCAUG